AGCAGUCAAGAUCAUAUCUGAAGCCCUUUCAUGCGAUUCCCUGCUGAGACAAGCAUGCACUGAUGCAUGGUCCAUCCACCAGGCUUCGCUGAUCACUCAGCACUGCUUAAGCACGAGCUUGCAUACUGCUUAGGACAGAUGAAGCUCGUCUCAGCUUUGCCAGUCCUUCAAUCAGUGCUGGAGAAUCUUGACGAGGAUCCGAUGGUCCGGCAUGAGGCAGCAGAAGCAAUAGGCGCAAUCUCAUCGCCUGAUUUCAAAGCAGUCCUUACAAAGUACCUCACCGAUCCCAACAGGAGUGUGCGUGAGACGUGCGAGAUCGCGCUCGCUAAAAUUGAAUGGGACAAUUCUGAAGAGGGACGCCAACAUCUUGUGUCAAAAGAAUCGUCAGAUCAAACACCUGCAUACACCUCCAUCGACCCUGCUCCACCCUGCUCCAAACUUCUCUCUGGUCAGCCCAGACCUGACGACCUGUCUGAAUCUUCAAUCGCCUCCCUCCGUGCUACGCUUUUGGAUAUUUCCGUCCCCCUCUUCCAACGCUAUCGUGCCUAUGUUUGCACUCCGCAACAUCGGACGCCAGCAGCCGUGGAUGCACUAGCAGCAGGAUUCUCUGAUGACAGCGCCUUGUUCAAGCAUGAAAUCGCCUUUGUUUUUGGCCAACUCUUGAGCGCGCAUUCUGUACCUUCAUUGCUUAAUGUUCUGCAAGACGCAUCCGAGUCCGAUAUGGUGCGGCACGAGGCUGCGGAGGCGCUUGGAGGAAUCGCCACACCUGAGGUACUGCCCCAUCUUAAAGAAUGGAUGACGCGCGAGGAUUCUCCGCGCGUUGUGCGGGAAAGCUGUCAGGUUGCUAUUGACAUGUGGGAGUAUGAGAACUCGGGGCAAUUCCAGUAUGCGAAUGGACUGGAGAGCGUUAGGGUAGAGGCUACCCCUGCCUGAUCCGUGUCGUGGUCGUUAACUAUUAAUCAACGUGAUGUGUGCCGAAUUUGCGCCAAAUGCAGGAUCCCGAAUGGUCCUCGUUCUAUCCGACAUCGAAUGUCCACCAGUGGACCACGUUUAUCUGUUCUCAUGUCCAGCCCUGCAAUUGCCGUGUACCCGGGUCUGACUCAGGGACUCCGUAUAUUAUUGACAUUUGGGGCUUCAGAUGAGAGCGGCAGCGUUGUUUCUGCUCUCCUUCACGAGAUCGAUGAGCAAAAGUAGCUUUCCUUGUAAUCCGCCC